AUGUAUAUAUAUGGGUUAGGGUUGGUUUCUUAUUGUUUAGUGAUUUAUUAUAAUAAUUACUCUUCUUAUAAUUCUGGGAUAGUUACUGUUUUAUCAAAUCGAGUAGGUGAUGUAGGCUUAUUAAUAUGUAUUGGUAUUAUAAUAUCUUAUGGUGGGUGGAGAGUUUUUGUUUUGGACAAUAAUUUAUUAGUUAUAAUAAUAAUUUUUAUUGCUGCUAUUACUAAAAGGGCUCAAAUUCCAUUUUCUUAUUGGUUGCCCCAGGCAAUGGCAGCUCCAACACCUGUAUCAUCAUUAGUUCAUUCUUCAACUUUAGUUACUGCUGAGGUUUACUUGUUAAUUCAAUUCAAUGAAUUAUUAAUAAUAACUUGAUUUUCAGACUUAUUAUAUAUUAUUUCUUUGUUAACUAUAUUUAUAGCUGGUUUUAUAGCUAAUUUUGAGUUUGAUUUGAAAAAAAUUAUUGCUAUGUCUACUUUAAGUCAGUUGGGUUUAAUAAUAAUGAUUUUGAGUGUAGGAUAUAAAUAUGUAUCGUUUUUUCAUUUGGAAGUUCAUGCUAUUUUUAAAUCAUUAUUAUUUCUGUGCGCUGGGUCAAUAAUUCAUUUAAUAUCUAAUAAUCAAGAUAUUCGAUUUUAUGGUAAAAUAAAUGAAUUUAUUCCUUUUAUUAUAAUAAGAUUUUAUAUUUCUAGAAUUUCUCUAUGUGGGGUUCCUUUUAUAGCCGGUUUUUAUUCAAAAGAUUUGAUUAUAGAGAUUUUAUAUUUUAAAA